AAGCAGGACCUCCUCUUCUUGUCUUGCCAAAUUUUCACCCACUGCUUAUAUAGCGCAAUGCAAACUCGCAAGUCAUUAAUACCACACCGAAGAGAUGUCAAUCGGACCCUGCGAUUUACAGAGGAUGGUACAUUUCAAAUCUCAGUCUUCAGUGACUUGCAUUUUGCAGAAGAUGACGGAUCCGACAACAAAUCCAGAAAAGUCAUUGAAACCGUUCUCUCAUCAGAAGAUGCACAGCUCGUCGUGUUGAAUGGAGACCUAAUAUCUGGGGAAGCGAUACAAAAUGCAAACUCUUCCAGCAUAUACGUUGACAGGAUUGUUGCCCCAAUAAUUGACAACGACUUACCAUGGGCAUCGACAUAUGGAAAUCAUGACAGUGAAAUCAAUCUUGAUCCCGAGGAUAUUUUUCUCCGAGAAAAAAUAUAUCCAAAUUCUUUAACGCAAAAGCGGGUGUCGAACUCUACUGCUGGGAUUACGAACUAUUACCUACCUGUAUUUGCACACGGUGCCUCGAACGAUGCAACGCCAGAGUUCAUCUUGUGGUUUUUUGAUAGUCAGGGUGGUCACUACCCCAUUGAUAAAAACUAUAACGGGACAUCAGUUCCAAGACAGAACUGGGUCGAUGAUUCGGUUCUGCACUGGUUCAAAAACGCUAAAGCCAACCUAACAUCCACGUAUGGUGGCCCAAUCCCAUCUAUAGCCUUCGUCCAUAUCCCAGUCUAUCCGAUGCGCGCAUUCCAAUUGGCUGGUGUCAGCCCAAGCAAGGAACCAGGAAUCAACGGCGAACGAGUCCAGCAGCAAGGCUACGGCAACGAUAACAUCAACUACGAUUCCCAGGAUAGUCCGUUUAUUCAAGCGUUGUUGAACACCACGGGACUUGUAGCGACAUUUAGUGGCCAUGAUCAUGACAACGACUGGUGUUUCAAAUGGAACGGUACGCUCUCCGGCCUCAACGUUACAGGGAAUGGCAUUAACAUGUGCUACGGUCGACAUACGGGGUAUGGAGGGUAUGGAGAUUGGGCUCGUGGGGGCAGGCAGAUCUUGUUAGAUCGGCAGUUGCUUGGGGAUGAUUUGAGAACUUGGGUCCGAUUGGAGGAUGGGUCGAUUUCUGGAAAUGUUCAUUUGAAUAAUACUUAUGGACACGAUCGAUAUCGGUUGGUGGAGAAGAGAAUGACUGGGCAAGGUGAUGUUCUUUCUUCGCAGCUCUCUUCUAUUUUUUAUAUUUGGGUAUUUUUCUUUUCGUUGUUUAUCGCUCAUAGAUGA